AUGUCUGAAGCGAUAAUGGGCGAGAAGCAGGUCGUUGAAGCGAAACAUGAUGACGAUAAGUUUCCCGUCACCGAUUCGCAGGCCCCUGUUGGCUUGCUCAAUGCCUCCGGGCACAAGCAGGAACUCAACCGGAAUUUCAGUCUACUAAGCAUUUGUGCUAUUGGCAUCACUACGGGGAACUCCUGUAUUGCCGUCGCAGCAUUUUACUGGGUGAUUGCGGCGUCUCUCGCAGAGCUGGCGUCAGCCAUUCCAUCAGCAGCGGGAGUUUACCAUUGGGCAACGGUUACCGCGGGUCGACAUGGCCGCCCUGUCGGUUUUCUCGCGGGCUUCUGGAAUUGUUUGGCUUGGAUAUUUGGUGCCGCAUCGAUAUCGGCAAUUCUAGGCAACCAGGCUGUUUCGAUGUAUACAGUGUUCAAGCCUGAUCUCGAGUCGAAACCUUGGCACGUUUUUGUGACCUACCUGAUCUGCACAUGGAUGUGCUGUUGUGUUGUGCUCUUUGCCAACCGCGCCCUUCCCACGCUCUCAAAUAUCGGCAUGUUCUUCAUCGUUGCUGUGUGUGCGAUCAUGCCGCAUGUGAACCAUGUUGGAUAUGCAUCGAAUAGUUUCGUCUGGCGUGACUGGGCCAAUGCAACAGGAUACUCCAGUGAUGGCUUUGUCUUCCUGCUUGGUAUGCUCAACGGCGCAUAUAGUGUGGGAUGCAUUGACCUUACCUCCCACAUCGCCGAAGAGAUUCCGAGACCCAGUCGAAACAUUCCCAAAGCAAUGCUGGCCCAGGUCAUCAUGGGCUUCAUAACUGCCAUUCCGUACAUGGUCGCCCUCUUUUACGCCAUCACCAACCUCGACACCGUCCUCACCACAAACAGCACUUUCCCGCUCGCCACCAUCUACCACCAAGCCACGGGCAGCAGAGGCGGCGCCCUGGGACUGCUCAUCAUCGCAUUCAUUCCGACUUUCUUCACCUGCGUCGGCUGCUACAUCACCGCAGGCCGCACACUAUGGACCCUAGCGCGCGACAACGCGACACCCUUCUCGCCGUGGUUAGCACGCGUACACGACAGGUAUCAUAACCCGUUCAACGCCUCUCUCGCCUGCGGCGCCAUCAUCACUGUGCUUGGCUGCAUCUACGUGGGCUCGACGACCGCUUUCAACGCCUUCGUCGGUUCGUACGUGCAGCUCUCCACGCUAUCCUAUCUCGCUGCCAUCCUGCCGCAUUUGUUGUCCGGCCGGCGCAGCAUUGUACCGGGCUACUUUUACAUGAAGGGGGCGAUGGGCUUUAUCGUUAACGGCAUUAGCUGUCUAUACAUUAUGGCGUUUGUGGUGAUUUUCUGCUUCCCCUUUGCGCUGCCGACCGAUGCUAAGUCUAUGAACUACGCCUCUCUGAUGACCGGGGGCUUGACGCUCUUUGUGAGCCUGUGGUAUUUGUUCCGGCGGAAGGGGUACGCUGGACCCAAGGUGAAAACACUGGGCGACGCGUCGAUGGCGCCGGAUGCUCAGUAA